AUGACAACAUCUCCAUGUCCGCUCCCGGCUCAGGCUGCCCGGCAGCCCUCGGUCCACGGCCUCUCCCAGAUAACCAGCAGCCUGUACAUCAGCAACGGCGUGGCGGCCAACAACAAACUCAUGCUGUCCAGCAACCACAUCACCACGGUCAUCAACGUGUCAGUAGAGGUGGUCAACACUUUCUAUGAGGAUAUCCAAUACGUACAGGUGCCGGUGGCUGAUGCUCCAAACUCACGUCUCUACGACUUUUUUGACCCAAUCGCCGACCACAUCCACAGCGUGGAGAUGAAGCAGGGCCGCACGUUGCUGCACUGUGCCGCCGGGGUGAGCCGCUCCGCCGCGCUCUGCCUCGCCUACCUCAUGAAGUACCAUGCCAUGUCGCUGCUAGACGCCCACACAUGGACCAAGUCUUGCCGCCCCAUCAUCCGGCCCAAUAACGGCUUUUGGGAACAGCUCAUCCACUAUGAGUUCAAGCUGUUCAGCAAGAACACUGUACACAUGAUCAAUUCCCCGGUGGGCGUGAUCCCUGACGUCUAUGAGAAAGAGGUCAGUUUGAUGAUGCCGAUGUGA